AUGGUUCACCUCGUCUCGGCCGCCGCCGUCUUGGCGCUAUCUGCUGGCCUGGGUUUAUCUCCGGUGACGGCUCUCGUCUCGGCCGAGCCCAUUUCGGCGCCGCGACCGCCUAAUCAUCAAUCACCACCGACAACAACAUCAUCGUCGUCAGUCGACUUCGCGCCGAGCGCGGAUCAUGCGCGAGAGAAUGCGGUGCACAUCUUCAACGCCGUGCACUCUGCCAUGCGGCAAUGGGGUUCCUCGCUGCAUCACAACGGGCUGGGUCUCAUUCCCGCCACGGUGCCCAAGGGCACGCUGCUGUAUCACGGCACGAGGUCGAAUAGUACCCCCGACAGCUUCGAGUGGCUCGCGUUCGAGAUGGAGCACUCGGAGGGGUUCGCGAGGAGCUUCCGGGGCGGGAGGGGGUCGCCGCCUCCGAGGCCGCCUGGGAAGGGUAAGGGUCCCGGGGGUCCGCCGGGUAGUGGUGGCGGUGGACCACCUGAAGGACCGCAUGGCUCGGAGCCUAUUCUCAUGAUGGGACAGGAGGGAAGUCAACGGCCUAUUGGGGCGGAUGUCGACGACGAUGAUGACAGAAAGAAGCCUCCUCCGAAGGGACCUGGCGGACCCGGCGGCGGCGACGGGAAGCCCGUCCGGGGAUACUUCCACACCUACCGCGCGAAGCGGGAUCUGAAGCUGCUGUACCUCGACGGCAUGGCGGCCGGUAAAACUGGCAUGGGCACGCUCGACACACAGGAUUUCCUGCUGCGCGGUCUCAAGGAGGCGCCCGGGUUCGGGGAGUGGGACCGGGCCGCCGAUAUAUGUGAUGUCGUCAAGGCGUGGGGUCUCGACGGUGUGAUUAGGAUGGAAAUCGGCUUCGAGGCGAUUUACUGCGACUUCCACGACGGACUUGCGCUCGAGAGCGUGCUGCGGCGGCCGUGGAAUGAUGUCCCCGAGGCAGGGGGCGGUAUCGACAUGUUUGAGUGGGCGAGGGCCGUCGGGCAGCGGUAUGAUGGCAUCGGCGGCGGGCGGGUGAGGCUUGGGUUUGGGGGGAUGGUGAGCGGGUUGUGGUAUCCUUUGAAUGUGAGUAAUCCGAAUGGGAGGGUCGAUAUGCCGCGCCUGGGACGGUUGACGGAGGCGGAGAGGGGAAUUAUGCUUGGACGGGUUGGGGAGAUUGUAAAGGGGGCGGGGUGGGAGGAUGGGAGGGUUGAUUGGCAGGGCGUUGUUGAUAUGAUUGUUACGAGGCAUGGGGAUCGGAUUGAGACGUUGGCGGAUGAGGGGGCGGAUGGAGGGGAUGAGGGGUUUGUGGCGCAGGUUUUGACUGUUACGAAUACGUUUGUGGAUUAUCCGAGGGAUGCGGACGAUUCUGCUGUUGUUGCGAAGGAGCAGAAGGAGGAGGAGGAUGAGUACGUGAGAGAGGCGAGGGAGCGGUGCGUGAAGCACUUUUUGACGCCGGCGACGGUUUGGAAGGCCGAGUGGACACCCGAAGACGGGAUGAUGUACAUUGCUGUCGAUGCUGUCGUCCAACGGCUCUGCGGAGAUCUCUUUGAUGUCCGGGGUCUCGUUCUACAGGCGUUACCGGCGUUGGUCGGGGCCGUUUCCGAGGCGGAGGUCCGGCGCGUGGUCGACGACAGUCACGGGGACGACGACAAGAAGCUCGAGGGUGCGGUGACAAAGGGCCGCAAGGUGAUUCAGGCGCUGAAGGAGGAUCUCGGAUGGAGCACGUGGAAGAAGUGUAGGCCUGGGUGCGACGUCGGGGAGAUUUGCUUCAUUGCCAUGUGGCCUUUUGGGCUGGAGGAGGAUCACUUCCAUCCGAGCUGUCAUAACCGCAGUUCGUUGGCGGGCAGGGAUGGGCGACGGGGUACUGGGAAGGGGUAUUGGGAGUGGGAGCCUAGGCCUUGA